AAUCUUUUACAGACCACAACCUGCUGGGAGGUUUUAUUGGAAGUCCAAAUUUGUGGACAUAAACUGGACUUAUGCUUGGACUAUUAGUAAUAAAUACUGUCUAAAUAACAAAAUAAAAGAGGUGUCCUACAAUAUAUUGCAUUGUAUAUAUCCUACCAAAAAAACUUUGAGUGGAUUUGUUGGACAUGGACCUGUCUUGUUCAUUCUGUGGAACUCAGAAGGAAAGUAUUUCUCAUCUGUUUGUGGACUGCAGACAUACAAAUCUGUUUUGGAUUGAAGUGGGAAACUAUAUUGCAAAUAUAACUAAACAAACUGUUACAUUUUUGGAUAAAAGCAAUAUUCUGGGUUACCUUAAUGUCAAAGUAGACAAAGAUUGUAUCUUCAUUACAGUUAUUUUUAUUAUUGGCAAAACUCCAUUUUCAUAAAGCCAAAUGGUCAAACUCCAAACCUAAAUUCCUGCAGUUUGAGUGAAAUAAACAAGUACUGUACCAUUAUCAAACAUCUGCAAAACCAAAAAGCAAUUCCAACUAAUUUAAUUUUUGAAAAUUUUAAAAUUUAUUAAACCCAAAUGGUUUUAGAAUUAAUGAUUAUUUUUGUCUUAUGUUGUAUAUAUUUAUAUAAUUUUUGUUUUAUUUCUUAUAUUUUUCUGAAAUAUGUACACAUAUCAAUUCCCCCUGAGACAUUCACAUUGUUAUUGUAUUAUGUUCUUUGUCAAUAAAGUAUGAAAAAAAAUUUUUUUUAAAGGUUUGCCGCCGCUCUUCCGCUUUGCUCUAUUCCGCAGUCUUUGCGUCACAGGUCACGUGCUCUCCCUCCGCUGAGGCUCCAUUUUGUUUUUGUCAUCUUCGCGGGAGCAGCACAGCAGAAAUUCCUUCCAGACCGUCUGCAGCCUCCGGGAUGAGCGGGUGUCGCAUCUUCAUCGGGCGCCUAAGCCCGUCCGCGCGGGAAAAGGACGUGGAGCGGUUCUUCAAAGGCUACGGCCGCAUCCGGGACAUCGACCUGAAGAGGGGCUUCGGCUUCGUGGAGUUUGACGACCCCAGAGACGCGGAGGACGCCGUGUACGAGCUGGACGGCAAAGAGCUCUGCAAUGAGAGGGUGACCAUCGAGCACGCCCGCGUGCGCCUGCGAGCGGGCCGCGGGCGCGGUGGUGGUGGCGGCGGCGGCGGUGGCGGGCGUUUCAAUGACCGUUACAGCAGAGGCUCGCAGAACAGCCGCAGCCGGAACCCCCCUCCCAUGCGGACGGAGAACCGUCUGGUGGUGAAGAACCUGUCGUCGCGCGUCAGCUGGCAGGACCUGAAAGACUUCAUGAGACAAGCUGGAGAGGUGACGUUUGCAGACGCUCACCGGCCCAAACUCAACGAAGGUGUGGUGGAGUUUGCCUCCUACAGCGACCUGAAGAACGCGCUGGACAAGCUGUCCGGGAAGGAGAUCAACGGGAGGAAGAUCAAACUCAUGGAGGCGUCUAAGAAAAGGUCCAGGAGCCGCUCGCGCUCCGAUAGCUCGUCACGGUCGCGCUCCCGCUCCCGUGGCCACUCUCACUCUCAGUCCCGCUCCCCCAGGCGCUCCCGGAGCCCCGCAAAGGCCCACCAGCGGUCCCGCUCCCGCAGCACCUCCCCUGCAGGGGGCGCCUCCACCCCCAGCCCCAGAUCUAAAGAGGCCAACAAACGCUCUCCCAAGACGAGCAAGUCUGUAACGCCAUCGUCCCCCCUCCCUGCCCAGAGGGCGUCCCGCUCCCGUUCCCGUUCCCGCUCCCGUUCCCGUUCCCGCUCCGUCUCCACCGACAGCCAGCGCUAACAGCUGUGACUCAUGGACCGUGAUGUUCUGGGAGAUCGGAAUUCUUCAGGGAGGGGGUCUGAAUCCUGAAAAUUAUCUUAGCUUGUUGUUGUUAUUGCCCCCCCCCCCACCCCCUCCUUCCCUGUGGGCUCUGCCUGUGUCCUGUCAGUCUUCUAUUGGGGGGGAGGGGGACUUGUUCAAAACAGACUCCCCCCUCCCCCAUCAGAGCUGCAGCAUCUACAUCUGGGAGCCCCCGGCAUUUCAACCCCCCCCCUUCAGAAAGUGAACGUUGUGGAGCUUGUUUGGGUUUUUUGUACAACAGAGCCGUUUUCCUGGUUUCAAACGUAGAUCAAUAAACCCGUUUAACUAAA